CACGUUUCAAGCCACCUCUGCGACGCUCCAAAUAUAGACUGUUCGUUUCUAAUCCGUUAUCUUCGCUACUAUCCCCUGUCGGCAUCAUGGUUGUUUACUCCUUCUAUAUCUUCGAUCGUCAUGCUGAAUGCAUCUAUAAUCGGCGCUGGCUCCCACGCCCAACCUCCAUGACUGGCAGCAAGUCCUCACGACCGACUUCCGAAACAUCUACUCCGGGUCUCCCCGCUACAUUAGGCCAAACUGCGCGCGCCACCGACGACGAUGCCAAGCUCAUCUUCGGUACUGUUUUCUCCCUGCGCAACAUGGUUCGCAAGCUAGGAGGCGAGGACGACAAUUUCGUUACCUACCGCACGAGCCAAUACAAGCUCCACUACUACGAAACUCCGACCAACAUCAAGUUCGUCAUGCUGACGGACCUCAAGAGUCCAAAUAUGCGUGUUGCGUUGCAGCAAAUCUACAUCAAUCUCUACGUCGAAUACGUGGUCAAGAACCCGUUAUCUCCCGCCGAACAUCCAGGUGGUAUUGGUGUGAACAAUGAGCUCUUUGAAGAGUCUUUGGAGCAGUUCGUGACUCGGGUUCUGUCAUGAAACCGACUUGAAAAUCCAUUAACACCCUAAUCGCUCAUGGAUCUGAGUCGAAGCGAGCCCCAAGCUUAAUUGUUGAGCUUCCGCAAACAAGCAUCCAUGCGAUAGCGGGAUCAGCCCCUCCUGCAUCCCUAUGACCUCAGAGAGCCGUCGUGCAGCAACGGUCCGGUGCGGCGGAGGCCUUCGCCGGAGUCCCUUACUGUCGACUGUCGACACCUGCCACAGGUCCGUUACUCGAGCCACACAAGUGUCAUAGCUACAUAAGCACAUUGCUCGCAGACCUGAUUUCAACCCGACACCGGUCCGCGUCCGACACGAACAGCGACCAAGCCAGGACCAGGCACAAACUCUUGAUCAGGUUAG